AGAAACAGUUGUUGUUUUAGUUGUAAAAGGUUUCUCGGUUCUACAGGUCAAACAUUUCCGUUUCUUUCGGCUUAUUGAGUUAAGAGCCUGUGAAAAACUGGAGUGGGGCCUGUAGCUUCUAGGCCUAAUGAGCCGGUCACAGGGACUCAGCCUGUUAGGAGACGAGAGGAAACAGAGCAGGCAGAGGAAACGAGCACUAACAGACUGGAGCAGCGAUAAAGAGAAGAACAGGAGACCAGCGGUGCCGUCGGUGCAGAGGCGAGUGUCUGUGGACGGAGGACGAUCCAGACGAGCCGACAUGAAUCAAAGCGAGGUCGAGUCGGAGCCCAGUGAAUAUUCCUACUAUGACUAUUCAGACUGGUACUCGAACAACGCGGAACCGACCGAACCGCCCAAAGAAAUCGUUUUACCAUGUCACCCCACCGCAGACGUCAAGCUCUUCCACAUCUGCAUGACGUCCAUAUCCCUGGUGCUGCUGUUGAUCAUGGCCGCUCUCACCAGGAAAAACAGGCUGUGCGGCGGGUUUGCCAGGGCAUCGUCCAGCAUUUGCAGCCCCACCAACUUCCUGGACCAGACUCAGCCCAAAGGCCUGGCCGUGGCCGUGUACGGGCUGGUGUUCAGCAAGCUGGCCACGCUGCUUGUGGCUCCAGACCCGCUGCCGUUCCUGGAGGACACUCCAGCUGAGCUCAAAGAGUACGUGAAGAUCGCGGCCAUAUUCUACUACCCGCUGCUGUUUUACCCCCUGCUGGUGUGUGGAACGCUGCAGCGCAAAGCAGGCUACGUGUUCGGAGCGCUGCUCUCCUUCGCUCACCUCGGGCUGCUGCUGUGGCACAAGUUCGACUGCCCCAGGACGCCGGAGAUCUACCAGUACUACGCGCUGCUGGCCAGUCUGCCCCAGAUGGCCUGCCUCGCCUUCCUCUGCGUCCAGUUUCCCCUGCUGUUGGUCAAAGGGCCGGAGGCCGAUGAGGACCUUGACAGCAGCUACUACGCCGACUAUGUGAAGUCGCUUCUCAGGAGGAAGCCGUCGGACGUCGGCUCUGCAACAGACAAACCAACACUGGCAGAGAGACUCCUGGAGGUGCCCCGGAGCUACCUGUACAUACCUGAGAGAGUGUUCCGUUUCCCUCUGAAGCUGGCCGUGUCUGCGUUCGUGGCCUUUGUGUCCAUCUACCACGUAAGUGCCCCACCAACCGCCGCCGUUGGUCAAAGUGCCCUGUCUGGACCCCCCCCUCUCCCCCCGCAGACCGCCCUCCUGCUCAUCGUGCUGGUCGUCCCCACGCUGCACAUCGUCCGCGCCGGCAUCGAUGAAAACAUCGCCUUCCUGCUGCUGGGCUUCGGCGUGGUUCUGUCUGACGACCGCGCGGAGGUGGUGAGGAUUGUGACCUUCUACAUGUGGCUGCUGGAAGUGUGCUACGUCUGCGCCGUGACCUCGUCCUGUCUGCUCAGUCUCAUCAUGCUCAUGAAGUCCAUGGUGCUUCACAGGUCCAACCUGAGAGGCCUCUACAAAGGAGACGUCUACAACCUGUACAACAGCGUGAAGACGGUCAGCCCGUCCAAGCCGGCCGUGGUGUGCUGGACGGGCCUGACCGGGUUCCAGGCGGCGCUCGUCAGCCUCGGGCUGGCGCUCCAGACCGUGGUCUUCUUCAUCUGCUUCCUGUUCCUGGUCUUCCUGGUCGUGAUCCCCGUGUUCCACGGCCGUAACCUCGCGGUGUUGGAGGUGGCGGGAAAGGCCUGGCCCGUCUGGGUCGCGCUGGUUCUGGCCACGGCGCUCCAGCACGCCACCGCUCAGCUGGCGUUCAUCAAGAAGGAGGCGGGAACCAGAGACCUGACCAACCGAGAGAGUCUGUACCUGCUGACGUACCUGCUGUUCCUCAUCAACACGGUGGUGGGACAGGUCGUCGCCAUAUGGAGAAUGGUGAUAACGGCGCUGUACAACAUCGUCCACUUCGGUCGCAUUGACCUCAGUUUGCUGCAUCGCAGCUCUGAGAGCUACGACCCAGCCUACAGAUACUACACCCACUUCCUGAAGGUGGAGGUCAGCCAGUCCCACCCAGUGAUGAAGGCCUUCUGUGCGCUGCUGCUGGACGUCAUGGUCGACCGGCGCUGUGGCGACCGGAAAAAGAGAGACGAGGAAGAAGGGGUCCAGAACCGGCCGGGCCGGGCGGCCAGCAGCAGGAGGACCCGAGCCCGCUGGCAGCUGCUGUACACGCUGGUCAACAACCCGUCCCUGCUGGGCUCCAGGAAGCACUUCCAGACCCGGCAGAGCUCCGAGGGCUUCCUCAACGGAACCCCCGUCCACCGCUGCAAGAGAAGCAGCCAGCAGGAGCCCGGCAGAAGCGCGGGCGAGCCGGAACCGGGGCUGCAACCGGGGCUGGAGCUGGAACCGGGGCUGCAGCCAGAACCGGGGCUGGAGCUGGAGCUGGAGCUGGAGCUGGAGCCGGAGCCGGAGCCGGAGCCGGAGCCGGAGCAGCCCGCCGCGAGCCCAGCGGACCAGGAGGAGGCCGCCUGAGGGACAGACGGCCCGAACCUGAUGGACCCUGAGGCCUCGCUUCACGACCAAGACAGUACCACUUCAAAUAAAGCCCAAAUUCACAAAUCAAACGUGUUCAACACAUAGAGGCCUUUUUAUCUGGACUCAGUUUAGAUCAACGUAAACGUCAGAACUAAAGCGCAGCAGGUCGAUUGAGGGCCUCAGGUUAAUGCCGGCGUUGGCACAGAUGAUCGAUAGUCUCUCUCUCGCUCUCGCUCUCUCUCUCGCUCUCUCUCUCUCUCUCUCUCUCUCUCUCUUCACUCUUCGUUUUUACGUUACAUCGUCUUCAGUCAGUUUUUAACAACUGGGUCAAACUAAAAACGAGAUCUUGUGAACUUCGGUUUCUUGCUUGUCUUUAGAUAUUUGUACGUGACAUUGAAAGUGAGAACUAAUAUUGUUAAAGUAGACUAUUAUUUUUUAUUGUCUCUUAUUAUUAUAUUGUCUUUAACUAAUUGCAGCCCUUUUGAUUGUUUCUGUUCGCUGUUUAACCUUUUAUUAAUUCAUGGUUCAGUUUUAUGUUAUUCUUUUAUAUUCUUUUGGUUUUAACCUGUAUUAAGAUAAAAUGUCAAUCUGAAUCCGAACCAUUGUGGACCAUUCAUCUGUUUGUGAUGUAAAUAGAUUCUAUAUGUAAUGGGAUAAUAGAUAUACAGAGUCAUUAAUGUGCACUGAUGUUAAAUACAGAAGCAAAGUAUUGGUGCGUCCAACUUUA